AUGUCUACAGUGAAAAGGCCAUUUUCGGAGAAUACUACCGGUCAACAAUCCGUCAAGAAGAAGUUCAAACGGUCUGAAACUUCGCUCGAGGAGUUGACAGAUGGCGGUCUAUUGUCCCAAGACGAUGUGAUUUAUUAUCAAAAAGAGGCCAUAUACCGUAUGCUGAACCUCGUACGUCACCGGAACAGACGUUUGAGAAGAGAACUUAGCAGGAUCAAUGACAAUUACUCCUCUCUCAACAAGUAUUAUUCUAUCAUAAAUAAUUGGUGGUCACAGGUUAUUGACAACUUUCAAAAUUUUGAUAUGGUUGCCAAGGUGGAGGCUAGCGAUGGAUCUGAUUUCAAUCAGCAUCUAUUAAUUAAUGUUCCCGAGUCUGCAGUAAAGGAAACCGACCAACUGCAGCAAGAGUUGCAGGCAAAACGUACCAAACUCAUAUCCCUCUUACAACCUUUGUUAUCACAACCGGUCAAAAAUAGAGACGACAAGCUGGUGGAUUUAGAAGAAUCUCUCACAAAUUUGAACGUUUUCAAAUCCAGAUUGGAAGAUGAGAACAAGUUGUUGAGAGAUAAGAUUGAGGAUUUGAACCAGGAAGUGGAUACUUAUGUUAAAUUUGUUGAGAAUCGAAGUUCUAAGUCUCUCAACCGCAUUAGUGAUAAUCUUCACGAUAAGGAGGAGUUGAAAACUGAAGAUAAAGAUGGCGGUGUUAUUAAAGAAGAAGUUACGGACGUAGCCGAUGGCUUAAGUGAAACAGUGGGUGUUAAUGGCAACGGUACAGCUAAAGUCGAAGAAGAUUUAGAGGCCCUUAAGGCCAGUCGAAAAGAAGUUGAGGACCUGAAAAUUGAAUUGGCAGGUCUUACAUCUGAGAACAAAGCAAUGUCCGAACAACUUGACGACAAGAGUGGUAAAGCUGCAUUGCUAGAGAAGCAGGUGACCGAAUUGAAAGGCGCGAUGAUUAAUAUAUCUGAAAAAGACCUAGUUAGGUGUUCCGAAUAUCAGGCCUUACUAGCCAAAAACUCUAGUCUAAGCACACAGAUUAGCCAGGUCAAAUUUGAGGGUUCGAAGAUUGAAUCACAAUUGUUUGAACUCGAAUCCAACUUCACGGCAAAAAAGGAGAAAUUGGAGGCUCAAUUGAAGUCUGAGAUGGAAUUCAACAAUGGAUAUAUCGCCAAACUAGAGAACGACAUUAAUCGAAUAAGAUCGGAUAGAGAUAGCCUUAAGGCCAAAAUUAACAUCAUGAAGGCAGAGAAGGGCAAGAGUGAACUUGCUGAAGAGUAUAGGAAGUUGAAUCAGAUUCUUGAAAAGAGAGUAGAAGAACUAGAGGAAUCGAUGGACACCGAACUUAAUUUUGAGAAUAACAGUGAUAAGGGAAACCAAGAUUCUGAAACUCUCUCCAAGCACAAUAAGCUUCUAUCUCGAGAAUUGAAGCAGAUGGAGGAUGCGUUCAAAUCGACGCGGCAGUUAGCUAACACCAAGCUUGCCAAAUAUAUUGAAUCAGACUCUUACAUUAACAAACUUAGUGUGGAGAAAAGCAAAGCUGAUGAAAAGUACUUUCAGGCAAUGAGAACCAAGGAUGCUUUGACCAUGCAGAAUAAGAUAUUGAACGGAAAUUUAACUAAACAGGCGGAACUAAUCGAAGUGUUGAAAGCCAAUGAGAAGAAACUUCUCAAGAAGCUUGAGAUUGAAAACUCAUUGUUCUCGAAAUUGAAGAAUCUCGAGUCUGUUUACAAUAAUGACCUCACAUUUCAAAGAAAUAAGAACAAAGAGCUUGAAAUCAAGUUGAAAACGUUACAGGAUAAUAACUCAGAUUUACAGUCUAGCUUAGUGAAGAAGCAAGAGGUAAUUAGCCAGAAAGAUAAAAAGGUUCUUUCUUUAGACUCCCACACACAGUCGAUGCAGUCGCAAGUGAACGAAUUGCAAAAGCUUGUCGAAAAAUACAGAUCUGAUUCAAGAUCGGCUGAAGAUGAGGAGAUCAACCAGGCUCUUUUGACGAUGACGAAAUGUCAGCUCUGCAACAAGAAUUUCAAAGAUGUCACUUUAAAGUCUUGUGGCCACUGCUUUUGUAGCGAAUGCAUUCAUAACCGUCUUGCUUCCAGAAUGCGUAAGUGCCCGAAUUGCAACAAGCAAUUCAGCAAUUAUGACUUACUUUCGAUCCAUUUGUAA